AAAUGUCUAUAAUUUGUUGGCAAGCGUUCGCAUCCCUUUCAGGAACACUGUGUAAUCUGCUAUCAGAUACAGGCAGGAUAAAAUUGUGUCUGUCUUGGAGCUGCUCAUAGCAUCUAGUUGUUCUAUAAGUUCCCAGAACUGCCUCUCCCCUCCACCGACCACCAUAGCAAAACACAGAAUUUCUAUUUGCGAACGCACUAAUUCUACAGCAAGCUGGAAAUCAAACACUGGACAGCUCGCUUUAUUAGAAGAGGAAACUUUUAUUAGCAGGAUGAUUGAGCCCAGGCACUUGUGGAGGUAGUCACUUCGGAGUUUGGAGAGAGAGAUUUUUAAUUUUCCAAAGUUAAAGACAGGAGGAGCCCUGACAACGACUGACGGUUUAGUCCGUGUAAAUGCAGACUAAAAAUAGGAACACGUUGCCUGCAUGGAAUACAAACUGUUCCCUCUCCCAGCUCUAAUUCACUUCAAAGGGAAAAAGUUGAGGAGGUGACAAAAUAAAAAAUAAAAAAAAAUAAAAAGAUGGAAUUAAAAUAAUUCAGUCCACUAAGGACCAUUUCAUCAUGAGGAGUGUGAAUUUCUAUUACCUCUUGCUGUAUCUGACUUACCUGAACCCUGUCUGCUCCACCAAUGCCUGCGAGAUCUGUGACUGCAGUGGGAACACUCUGAAGUGCCCAGCACAGGCACCAGCACACCGGUCCCCUGAUAUCAAACUGUCAUUAUCUUCUUUCUCCUUUAAAGUUAUUCCAUCUGAGGUGUUCCAGCAUUUCCGACAAGACAUCUUAAGCAUAUCGAUCUACCAAAGUGAUUCACUGGAAAGAAUUAACAGCUUUGCCUUUGCCAGACUUCCCAACCUGACAGAACUAAUUAUCCGUAACACAAAACAUCUGGUAUAUAUUGGGCAUGGAGCAUUUGGCAAUCUACCGAACCUAAAAUACUUGAGCAUCUGCAACACAGGGAUUCGUGAGUUUCCAGAUGUCACAAAAAUCUUCUCAAUACAGUUGCAUUUUAAUCUGGAGAUUUAUGAGAACAUGCAUAUAACUGUUAUACCAGCCAAUGCAUUUCAGGAAAUGAACAAUGAAUCUUUGAUACUGAACCUAUUCAGGAAUGGAUUCGUAUACAUAGAAGACUAUGCAUUCAAUGGAACAAAGCUGGAUCAACUGUUUCUUAAUGACAACAAAAAUCUACAACGCUUUCAUAAUGAUGCCUUAAAGGGAGCUACUGGACCAAAUCGUCUAGACAUAUCAUCAACAGUCUUAGAGCAUCUCCCUGUCCAUGGACUUGAAUUUAUCCAGGUUUUAGUUGCUGAAAGAUCAUAUUAUCUGAAGAAGUUACCUGCUCUUGACAAGCUUGCCAACCUGUUGGAGGCUCGACUAACCUAUCCCAGUCAUUGUUGUGCUUUUACCGACAUGAGAAUGAAAGAGUUAAAUUCUCCUCUAUACUAUUUUGGAAACCUGACAAGCCAAUGUGAUAUGACUUCUCGGAAGCUAGCCAAUGACACAAGCAUUGACUCGGCCCCAGAUUAUGAAUAUCUAUGUCAUCCUAGAACACUGAGAUGCACUCCAGAGCCCGACGCAUUCAACCCUUGUGAAGACAUCAUGGGAUAUGACUUUCUUCGAGUAUUGAUCUGGUUCAUUAGUAUACUUGCCAUCGCAGGCAAUGCUGUGGUUCUGUUAGUCCUUCUGACAAGCCAUUAUAAACUUACAGUUCCCCGGUUCCUAAUGUGCAACUUGUCCUUUGCAGACUUCUGCAUGGGGAUUUACUUACUUCUGAUCGCAGCAGUGGACUCCAAGACCAAAAAUCAGUAUUAUAACCACGCUAUUGAUUGGCAAACAGGAAGUGGAUGCAGUGCGGCGGGAUUCUUCACAGUGUUCUCCAGUGAGCUGUCAGUCUAUACGUUGACUGUGAUCACCCUGGAGAGAUGGCACACCAUAACCUAUGCAAUGCAACUAGACCGAAAGCUGCGGCUGCGCCACGCCAUCAUAAUUAUGCUGGGAGGCUGGAUUUUUUCUUUGCUGAUCGCCCUGUUACCACUCGUUGGGGUCAGCAAUUACAUCAAGGUCAGCAUUUGCUUACCGAUGGAUAUAGAGACACCUCUUUCUCAAUCGUAUAUUAUAUUAAUUUUGGUGCUUAAUGUCUUGGCCUUUAUCAUUAUUUGUGCCUGUUACAUCAAAAUCUACAUUGCUGUGCAAAAUCCGGAACUAACGCCAACAAAUAAAGACACAAAAAUAGCCAAAAAAAUGGCAGUACUCAUCUUCACUGACUUUACAUGCAUGGCACCCAUAGCCUUCUUUGCCAUUUCCGCGGCCUUCAAAGUUCCCCUCAUUACUGUGACCAAUUCCAAAAUUUUGCUCGUUUUGUUUUAUCCCGUGAACUCCUGUGCAAACCCGUUUCUUUAUGCCAUUUUCACCAAGGCCUUUCGAAGGGAUUUUUUUCUCCUUAUGAGCAAGUUCGGAUGUUGCAAGGCUCAGGCGGAACUCUACAGGGUCAACAACUUUACUGCCUACACCUCCAACUGUAAAACAGACAGCCUAUACACUGGACCAAAGAAGUCUUCCCGGGCCGACCUUCAUCUUACGACUUUUGAUUGCCAGUACUUGAAUGUAAAUGACAAACCAGCAUGUAUAGGCAGUUAAGUGUUGACUUGUUAGUCACAUUGAAAGCUGCACAACGUAUUCCUUAUAGAGGUCUUGUAAAUAUGUAAAUCCAAUUGAUGUAUAUAUGAAGCUCUGUUACAAAA